AUGCGCUGCCGCUGUGCUGGCCUGCAUCGCUGCACCUCCCCCCCCCCUCCUACGUCCAGGAGGUGGUGGGCGUCAAGCGGACAAGACUUGCGUGCGCCGCUCUUGUCGGAGGUGUGCCUGUUUCUGUGCCUGUGCGACGUGCACUCUGUGGCUGCAGACUUGUCUUCACCGCUCCCCUUCGACAUGCUCUGUCUUUCCACGUUUCUUCUUGCGCUUGCAGCGGACAGACAUAUGCCUAGGGAAGAAGAGCAGCCGCAGCAGCAGUACCGCAUUAUGCGGCUGAAUCGCGGUCCGGCCGUUGGCCCUUCGCACUCCGCUGCGUGCAGCGCUUCGCCAGUGACUUCCACCAUCACUUCCGCCGGUUAUACCACCACCACCACCACCACCACCACGAAGAACAACAACAGUGGUGGCACUGCUCUCUCAGUGCCGCUACGGCAGGUGGACUCCGAGAGCGGUGGGGUCCCUCCCUCGCACUCACCCAAAGGAGACACAAAAGCUUUGGACGUGGACCCAGGCAUGCGGGGACUGCAGCGCUUCUACGCGCGCAGCGCUGGCGGUGCGCGGGCGGCCGCAGACCACCUCAAGGGUGGCGCCGCGCUCGUCAGCGGCAGCCCGUACUACCUCA